UGUUGUGUGAGUGAGAAGUGAGGACCAUCUCAUCCCAUACCCGAUAUCCAUAUCCCAGCCCCAAAGCAAAAGCAAAGGAUAAAUCAAGAGUAGUAGCACUGAGUUUGUUCUGCACACAAGAUAGCUGCUUCUGUUUUCAACUCAGAAGCUGAAAAUCUCACACAUCAAUCAGAAUUUCUCCACAAACAAACGUUAUUUAUUCACAUAGGGCACUGCUUCAGCAAACCCCGCAGCAACGAAAUAGCAAUCAACUAUGAUUCACCGCCCCAUCAUCGUUAUCAGCCUCGUCCACACCCACCACCACGAAGAACCCAACAACAACACCAAAACCAACCUCAUCUUCGACCUCGUUAUCCCUACUCUGCUCCAAACUCCGACCCUUCUCUUUCCAUCUCUCCUUCAUCAUCAAUCAGUCACCAGUCACGAAUUCUGGAUAAACCGUAAUUCGACAUCAAAGCGCUUUACGAUCUGGAGAGGGAACUGCGGAGGAGUCAACUCGAGAUCACUCGUCUUUGCACCGAGAAGACCACCGGAAGGAAGUAUGCCUUCAAGUCCAUUCCAAAGCGGAGGCUAACCAAAAGGACGCAAAUUGAUGAUGUGAAGAGGGAAAUUCUGAUCCUGCAGCACCUCUCGGGUCAACCCAACAUCGUCGAGUUCAAGGGUGCUUACGAGGAUUGGCAAAAUGUGCAUUUGGUGAUGGAGUUGUGUUUGGGUGGCGAGCUUUUCGAUCGCAUCACUGCAAAGGGUAGUUACUCCGAGAGUGAAGCUGCUUCCAUAUUCGGACAAAUCGUGAAUGUGGUUCAUGCAUGUCACUUUAUGGGAGUUAUGCAUAGAGACCUUAAGCCAGAAAGUUUCUUGCUUGUUAAUAAUGAUCCCAAGGCACCGUUGAAAGCCACCGAUUUUGGAUUGUCCGUUUUCAUUGAAGAAGGUAGAGUGUAUAGGGAGAUUGUUGGAAGUACAUAUUAUGUGGCUCCAGAGGUGUUAAGGAGGAGAUAUGGGAAAGAAAUAGAUGUGUGGAGUGCGGGAAUAAUUUUACACAUCCUUCUAAGUGGAGUGCCUCCAUUUUGGGCUGAAACCGAGAACGGCAUAUUUGAUAUAACUUUGGAAGGCAGGCUUGAUCUGGAGAGCGCACCAUGGCCUUCUAUUUCAGCUGCUGCAAAGGAUCUGAUCAGAAAAAUGUUGAAUCAUGACCCUAAGAAACGCAUUACAGCUGCUGAAGCCCUUGAACACCCGUGGAUGAAGGAGGGUGGCGAAGCAUCUGACAUACCUAUAGACAAUGCUGUUUUAACUAGGAUGAAACAGUUCAGAGCAAUGAACAAGAUGAAGAAACUUGCUCUAAAGGUUAUAGCAGAAAACCUUUCAGAGGAGGAAAUCAAGGGCUUGAAACAAAUGUUCAACAAUAUGGACACUGAUCGCAGUGGCACAAUCACAUACGAGGAACUCAAGUCUGGAUUGACCAAAUUGGGAUCCAACCUUAGUGAAUAUGAAAUAAAGCAGCUAAUGGAAGCUGCUGAUGGUGACAAUAGUGGAACUAUUGACUAUCAAGAAUUCAUCACUGCCACCCUAAACCGGCAUAUACUGGAGAAGGAAGAGAAUCUGUAUAAGGCUUUUAAAUACUUUGACAGGGAUGACUGUGGAUAUAUAACAAGAGAAGAGCUUAGACAAGCAUUGACUGAAUAUCAGAUGGGAGCUGAGGCAACUAUAGAUGAAGUGAUCGAUGAUGUGGAUACUGAUAACGAUGGGAAAAUAAAUUACCAGGAGUUUGUGGCAAUGAUGAGAAAGGGGAUUCUGGAUAUUGAUGAGAAGGAGAAACCACAAUAGCUGUGUUGUGUUGUCUAAAAAACACAUAAUGUUUUCUUUAUUGGUAAUAAGAUUUCAUAAUUUACUUCAUAAAUAAUACAACAGCAAUGCCUUGUCUCACCCGAAGAAGUCAGUUACAAGAAUCUCAAUACAUGAUUCAGCUCAGUAGUAUAAAUGGUAUAUCACACAAUUUUCUAAAUUAUUCCACUCUUUUUCUCUCCCACAAACAAUCCACAUUAAAUUGAAAAUGAUAAUGUUGCUAAGUGGGUGAAUCUAGAGAAGUUUCUUCUGCAAUGGAGAAGUUUCUGCAUCUUUGCGAUUUCCGUCUCUCUAGGUUUUUGGAUUUGCAGGUGAAUCUGGGCUUGAUGAUGAACGCGAGAAUGAAGUUGCACGAUGAAGAUGAUUGUGAUUGCUGGUCCGAUUUCGGCCAAUCUUCAUUAGGGUUUUUCUGUGAUUGAGUUUUCCUUUGCAGGUUGAAGAAGAAAAUAGAUGAUGAUGAGCUUGAGCACUGGUUACGUUGGCCAUGGUGGCGAUAGGUUGAUGGUGCACGAGGAAGAUGAUGGUGGUUCUGCAGGAUUGGGUUCUCUGGUUCUGGAUGGGAAGAUGACUUUUUUUUUAAUUUUUUAAUCAAAAUGUUUUUAAAUUCCACGUUGAGAUCUCUCAAUGUCAGGUUUAAAAAAAUUUGUCACGUCAACUUCAAACCCCAACAAAAACUUAACUCCGUUAAGCCAAAUUUAACGGUAGGGGCCAAUUGAUUCAAAUUAGCACUAUUUAGGACUCAAUUGGAAAUUUUUUUA